AUGAACUCGAGUCUUGAAGUGACGACCAUCGAUGGCAACACCAAGGUCCGCGAGAUCAUUAAGGAUCAGUAUCUGGCUGCUGAUCUUGAUGAGACGAUUCAGCUUCAGAAGUUUGCCGAAAAGGUAAAUUGAGGGUUUUGAGGUCUUUUGAAGUUUUAUUGACUUCUUUGGGGUGUUUUUGUUAUAUUUUUUUGGGUUUUUAAAAAAUAUUGUUCAAUAUAUCAACUUACUUAUAUAUUUGAAAAUAGACGAGCUAUGGUAAUAUAACUUAAUUUGUUGUAGUAAUGUUUCAGUUUGAAAUACGAAACUUUUGUAUUAGUUUUUUGUGAUUUUACAGAUCUAAAACUAAGCUUCCAUUAAGCCUAACCUUCUUUAUUCAAAGUUUUUAAAAUUUUUGUUUAUAUACACCUUACAUUAGCCUCAAGUCUUAAGCUAUCACCUUUUUUACUGAAACAAAAGCUUAUUUGUCUCAAAAUAAUUAAAAAUAAAUAAAUUACUCAGCAUAAAUUCUAUCAUUAGGUACAUUUAGAUUUGUCUUGUUUACAAUUAGGUACAAUUAAAGGCCUCUUCAUACGAUUAAGUAACCUUAAGUUUGCCUUUAAUUGGAUUAGUAACACUGUAACACAAAUCAUUUAGUUCAAUUUUAACUUUCUCAUCGAAUACUUAAAGACAUUGCGUCUAGAAUUGGUUAACAGUACAUAACAUUAUUCAUUCAGAUGUUUUUGAGGCUUUAAAGAGGUGUUCAUAGGUGGUACAGUAUUGUUUACAUAUAGGUGUUUAGACAUCUUUAUGUUUUGUGACCAUGACGUUUGAAUAAAUUAUCAAAAAGUUCUUUGAAAACAAGAAACUUAUCAAUUCUAGGAACUUUUUGACCAGUUUUCAACCAAACUUUAAAAUUUUGUUUAACAACCUUAAUACUGCCUGUUUACCACUACAUAGAAAACGAUCAACGUAUUUUAAAUCUAGAAAGUAUUUUUUGUGAUAGAUACGAACAACAUACGUUAAUAUAUGUUGAUUACAAUGCAAAUCUUUCAGAACAAAUUCCAAGCCGAGAUCGUGUGGAGGAACGUCGUUCUGUUCUCGGCUUUGCACAUCGGAGCUCUGAUCGGGUUAUAUCAAUUCCUAUUUCUGGCCAAAUGGCAGACAAUGCUCUUCAGUAAGUUUUUAAAACUGUAUUUUAAAAUCAAUUUAAACUUUAAUUUGAAAUUAUAAAAUUAAAUUAAAAAGUUUUUAUUAUCACACAUAGUACACCAUUUUACAACUAAAAACAACCCUAAAUGUAACCACAGUAUCUUAACCUAACAUCAUUUACAGCCCUAUUCCUCUACGCAGUCGGCUCAAUGGGAAUCACAAUUGGAGCCCAUCGUUUGUGGUCCCAUAAGAGCUUCAAAGCUAAAAUGCCAUUCCAAUUUGUACUGAUGCUAGCUGACACUGUAGCCUUCCAGAAUGAUGUGAUCGAAUGGGCACGUGACCACAGAUGCCAUCACAAGUGGACGGACACAGAUGCCGACCCUCACAACACGAACCGUGGCUUCUUCUUCUCCCACAUGGGCUGGCUUCUGAUGCGGAAACACCCGAAGAUCACGGAGAUGGGCAAGAAGCUCGAUCUCUCCGAUCUCUACGCCAAUCCCAUCCUCAUGUUCCAAAAAAGGUAGGUGAAGGCUAAGUUUCUUAAUGACUGACUAUUAAAGGCUUUCAACUGAGAACAAAAAGUACUAUAUGAACUGUCCUAGCACAAUUACCUUGUACAACUUUAAAAUCGUUUUUUUAGGAAUUUCCUCCCACUGGCCUUCUUAAUCACCGUACUCAUCCCGACAGCCAUUCCAGUCUACUUUUGGGGUGAAAAAGCCUACUACGCCUUUUACUGUGCCGUGCUGUUCCGUUACUGUCUAACCCUGCACGUAACAUGGUUCAUCAACUCCGUAGCCCAUAUGUUUGGCUACAGACCCUACGAUCGUAAACUGACGGCAGUAGAAAGUGUUUGGACUUCGAUCACAGCUUUCGGUGAGGGUGGCCAUAACUACCAUCACACCUUCCCUCAAGACUACCGUGCUUCCGAGAUGUCGUAUCUCUUCAACUGGAGUCGGUAUGUGAUUGAUACUGUAGCUCAGUUCGGAUGGGUAUACGAUCUGAAGGUGGUGGAUGAGGCCUCGAUCGUGAGACAGUGUGAAAAACAAGGAGACAUUAAGAAACGAGUGUAA